AUUUCAGUCGCUGUCCGAUCGCGCUUAGUGGCACGUCCCGAGCUCUGUGUUUGUGUUCGGUGCGAAAUUGUUCGCUCUUUUUUGAGGAAAUAAGAAAACUUUUCGCUUUUGGGGAUUUUAAAUAGCGUGUGACGAAACAAUUUUGUUAAAAGUUGUUUGUUUUUAUUGUGUUGGUGAUAAAAGAGCGUGUUUGAAUCGCUUGUGAUUGUGCAAUUUUUGAUGAUCUGAAGAUCGUGGGAUCGAUUCUCGCUUCGCGAUCGUGGAUCGUUCGCUCACUCGAUCGUGCGAAGAAUGAGAGAGGAGUGAAAGCAGACGAAGAGCCUCUUGAUUAAAGGCAUAACAUUGAUAACAAGUGAAUUUGUGUGUGUACUUGUCGGUGGAUGCAUUCUACGCUUGUCGUAACCGAAAUGGAUCCUUAACGUUGCAUUACGUGUUGUGUUUGUGGUUGUAGUGGUCCCUUAAGUCAAAGUUUGAAAAGGGGUUAAAACAAUCUGCGCCAAUUGGGAUUCAAUUGUGCAAACUGUGAAAUGUGUAAGUAAUAAAAUAAAAAGUGACAGACGUGCUGAUUGUACUAAUUUGGUUAUUGUUUUCGCGCAAGUCUGUGUGUUUGUGUGCGCAAUAAAUUAACACGGCAGCUUAAGGUGAAACGAAGCCGGAGGCACUUCCAUGACAAAUCUAUCCAUUUUUUGACGCCCGGUUCGAAUUGAAAUUUGGGCGUUGUUGUGUUGUGCGGAGCGGUUUGUGACCUAUAUUGUGUGACGAAAGAUGAAAUAGCAGAGCAGUUUGUAUUUUGUUGUGGUUGGUGAUUUUUUUUCGAAAAACCAGAAAAUAAAGAAGCCGCCAAAAAGGAGUGCACGGCGCGAAACGAAACGCCGCUCUUCCAAGUCGAAAAAGGAAAACAAAAAUAAAUUUUAAAAUUCAAAAAAGUGGUCAUUCGUGCCCAAGGAAUAAUAAUCACCGGAGAAGCGGAGUCGAGUGGAGAAAAACAGUGGAUCGGCAAGACAGCCGGGGAGCAGUCGAGCAGUCGGACAAGAAAAAAAAGAGUGGGCCUUGCCUAUCUUGUUUCCAGGAAGUGUCGGAUCCCUGCGACGAGCCCCACCUCGCGCCGCCGAGAACUGCUAUAUCAUCCUUCGCAUCAUCUUCUCGAGCGCGAUCUUCCGUGCCGCGGGCCCAGUAGCUCACCAACGGUUCUGAAGCUCGGUUGCUGCUGCCGCUAGUCGACGCCGGAGUUUAGCCGUCGAAGUAGCCGCUCUACGCAGCGAGUCCCGGAAGAUCCGCAGAAUCCGCGUUUGAACUUGAUCGCGAAAUCCGUUUGGCCUGCUGGGUGAAGAUCGUGAUCGUGUGUGUCGCGUUGUCGAAGUUCACUUUCGAUUUCCGUUGCGGGCUGAAUAGCUACACGCGGCACUUCGACAAGCCUGCUCGUGACGUGCUGUCGCCCCAACCACGUGAAAGAGAAAGAAGUGUAUCGUGAGAGCUGGUGGAGUCUGCAAGUCUCAGUCCCUCGGCAUUUUUUGUUGUGUUUGUUUGUUGUUUAUUUAUUUCCCACAACACCGGAGAGAUAACCAAAGUGAAAGAGAGAGUGGAAUGAAUUUAAUGAGCAACCUGGCCGCCACCGUCGUCGUCAUCAGGGAAGAAAGCAAAAGUGUUUAACCUUGAAAUGAUAGCUUCGUGACCGGGCAGAAACGUCAGCAGUGUGCAGAAUCGGUAAGGGCAACCCCUUUGCUGGAAGAAAACCUCGAGAGCCGAAGGAAAAGUGAAACGCGAAAAUCGCGACACGAAAUCGAAGAUCUGCGAAGAAUUCAAGAAGACAACCAAGCCAAACAAAAGAAUAGAAGAGUGAGUGGGGUACCUGAGUAGGAUACUUCCUGGAAGAUUUGAUUAAUUCAGUGUGAUUAGUGUUUUUUGUUGUGCAAGUAGCAAUUUCAUGUUUUCUGUGCAUUGUGUGUAAAAUUUACAUUUUCUUAUUGAAACGCGCAUCCUGAGGAUCAAGUUCAGAACUCGCUGUCCCCUGCUGUAGUAUUCUCAUCGGGACAAAGGAAGUCACUGUGAACCUCUGAAUACUACAGCUUGAACGAUGCAUUGAGCGCACUCUUUGCAACAGAUUCGUCUGGGGCAGUAAAUGAUAAGGUGACUGAUAAACAAAUGCGAAAUUGAAUCAGUAAAUUGCCAACGGAAAAUGCAGUGAGUCCUUCUCGUCGCAUCGAGACAAUGAAAAAGCGAGCUAAAUUAACAAUGUCCUGCUCCCUGUCGCUGGUCGCACUGCUGUGCUGCUGUUCCUGCCUGCUGGCACCACUGGCCGCCGGGCUGCCAAUCACCUCGAAACCACUCGACAACAAUCCGGACCAUCUGACGUGGGAAGCGGCAUGGCUUUCCGGGGAUUCCCGGCCUGGGAUAGGGGGGAAAGCGAAAAAAAUCACGCCCAAAUCGAUCUUCAUUGCGCCCCAGCUGAACGGGUUCAACGGGUCGUUGUGUCCACCGGACAUGAAGGUCGACUACAACGGGAAGUGCAUCCAGGUGCAGUCCAACAUUAAUCCGGCGGACAUCGUGCUGACCAAGCUGCAGAGUCUGCUUGGAGAUGGCGGUGGUGCAUCGAACGCCGGUGGAAGCGAAGACUACGACUACGAGUACGACACGUCCGGGCCGUUCCAGGUCAACCUGCCGCUCAGUAUAGAUCUGCCGGUGGAGGAACCGCCGAAGCGAGCGGAAUCGUUCUACGAUACCAUGCUGGUGGACGUGCCGUCAUCUUUGACGACGACAACGGGUCAAGACCUGAAGCAGGUGUCAACGCAGCAGACCCAGACAUUUCUUGCCGAAACCAGCAAGCGUCCUAUGGAUCAAACUGUUGCCGAAAGUCAGACCGAUAUUUCCUUUCUCGCGUUCGAGAGUCUCCCCAACGGAACCCUUUCGACGCAGCUCGAGCUGGACGGUGGAAGCAACGGGACGAUUGUUCAGCAGAUUGUUCUCUCUUCCACUGCAGCUGCUCCAACAACUGUUACCACGAUGGAUGCAACAAGCGUUGAUGGUAGUACGACGAGCGGUACGAGUACUGUGGCGAUUGGCAACACUGAUUUUGUCUCUACCACAGUGAGCCCGGUGACGACUGAGGAAUUCAGCAGCACCGCGACAACGGAGUCCGUCACAGCUUCAGACAAGAUGACCAGCGAGAGUCUGUUCGCUACGACUACCGGGACUUCCGACCAGGACAUGGAAGGUUUGAAGGCGGAACUGGCUGCCGAAGCACUGCUACUCGAUACGAACCAGUCUUCUACGACAGAACUUCCCUCUACCGACAUGUCCGGGUUCGAAACGGAACCGGACACGCUGAGCACGGUGUCUACAACGGUGGAACUGGGCAGUACGAGUACGGAUCCUACCGAGAGCACCACUCCGCUUGACACAACCACCAUGAAGGUGUUAAUCCACACAAUCCCGUCGAUCCCAACAACUUCAAGACGCGCGCCCUCGCCCAAACCCGUACAGAUCGUCACUCCAGUGCGCACAAAGUGGUACAGCCCACCUGGAGCUACGCCACCGCCCUUCAUCGUGGCCAGCUACACUCAGCAGGAGCGCACGACGCGAGCCACCCCGGAAACAACGUCCGAAACGCCCCUGCCGCUGCUAGUCAUGAACGAUACCGAAGCUGACAAGAAGAAUCGCGACGCGAUCCACCGGCAGGAGCAGAAGGACAAGCUCCGAGAAACCAUGGACACCAACAACCGCUUUGUGUACCACCACUUGGCGGCGCCACCGUCGACUGCCCCCUCAACAACCGUCGCCGAUCACAACUACGUUGACCAGCUGAAGAAGAUCAACGAGAUCAUCGCCGAAAACAAGCAGCGCCACCAACAGCAGAACUCCCGGAUUCGCUUCCCGUCGCAGCACGACGAUCAUGUUCCAGCUGCCAGCAACAGCGCCAGCAUGGUCCGCUUCCCGGGUUCCGUCUCCAACCGGGUCACCUCUAACCGGCUUCCAGACAUCUUCCCAAAGAAAUCCCCCGACAGUACAACCCAGCGGCCUCCGUUCUGGUGGCUCCCGUCAGGCUGGGAGGUCGACCAGACCGGCCAGAAGCCAAUGCUUCUCCGGUUCUGGUCCCGGAUGCCACUGGUGCGGGAUCAAUCACUGACCAGCAGUACCAGCAGCAAUCCCGAAAGCAAUGGCAGUGCCACCCGAUGGAGACCCUCGGCGCCACAGCCACUGCCCGGAAGCACUUCGCCAGCGUCGGCGGUAGCACCCCGGGGCAACUCCAAGAGCCCCAGCGAGAGCUUCUACAAAGAAGUCUCUUCGCAGGACGUCUACAAAGUGCUGAACAUGCGACAGCUAAAGCACAAAAGAUAAAGUGUCCCGCCCCCUCCCUUCUUUGGUAGUGUUCUAAUCCCCCCCCCCCCCCCCUAAUCAGCUUUAAGUAUUAUUUAAACAUUGGAACGCGCAAUUGUGUAUAGACAAAGUAUAGAAUUAGUGGUACAACGAUCUAGCUGUUAAGAAGACCCCCACCUGCACUACUUUAGCGAACAAACCAGAAGGAAAACACGUGCACGCAUUAGAUUUUACGCCGUGGCGGCGGCACUUGGGUGAGAACUGUCACUUUUCUAACCUCGAAAACGGCGUAAAAUCUAGUUGGCGGGGAAAUGUGAGGAGUACUUAGCGCGCACAACCCUUUAAAAAAAGUAUUUUAAUUUGUUGGAUUCACUUCAUGACAAUUUGCUUAGUAACUGUGAUAUUUUAACCACUUUAACAAUCUGCUUCUUCUUUCUCUACAACGCACAACAGGAAGAAGUAUUUUUAGUCUUUUUAAAAAUACUUUCUUUUCCUAACCUUGAUCUUCGCUGUCUCGAUUUAGUUUUAUCACUUGACUGAUAAAAUGGUCAAAUCAACCCUCUUAUUAGAUCCUUUUCCCGGCCUCACGUUUCAGCAAGUCACCGUGCCAAUAUAAAGUGUUUUUAAAGUGUAACCCCCAAAUUGUAAUUAGUGUGCGUCACCCAAAUUGUACAUAUACUCAAGUUUACGUGUGUGUUGUUAUGUAACUUGCUAAUGCAAAAAUGGAAAAAAAAAGUUUUAAUAUCUGAACCACGGAUGUAAAUCGUCACUGGGAAGAGAUUAAUAAGUUUUACAACAAAAAAAACUCUGUGCAUGUGUCUAUAAUGGAAAAGCAAAUCAAAAAGCUAUGUAUUAUGGUUAAGCGAAACACUACAUGUAUGUAUGUGCCAAAAAGUAAUAAAUUACAGAACAAUUUUGUAUUUUUGCCGGGGUGCAAGUAGCAAACGGAAACAUCACAAAUCUGUGCAACUGAUGCAUGUUUUUAUUAUAUAAAAAUAGUGCGAGAAACAAAAACUAUUCAAAACUCAGCCUCUCUAACCGAGCAACAGUCUUCUCAAAACGAACGAUCAUUGAAAACGAUAUUUGUAAAUAUAGUAGCUAAGAAUCGAAACCAAACCCUUCACUGGAAUGUGGGUUCCCCUGAACGUUGGUAUUCGUUGGGCUAUAAGUGUUAAGUGUGUACAUUGUUAAUCACUCAAAAAAAAACUAUUUAAUUUAAACAAAUUAGCCACGUAACAAGAUAAACCGUAAACCUUGAGCACAGGAAAACUCGAAAAUAGCAGCACAAAAAAUGCCGAAACAAAAAAUCGUAACAAAUCAAACAACAUAUUUGCCAAAAGUUUUAACUAUGUAUUAUAUAUUCUAAUAAAAAUAUAUUCUUGUACUAGAUACAAAUGUGACUAGCUGUAGCGUAGCAAAACAAGCACAAAAUGUUUGCGAGAAAUUGGAAGCAUACAGCAGCAGCAUCAGCAGCAAGCACACUUAUGUCGAACAGUCUCCCAGCAAGAGCAACAAAAUAUACUUACACAGUCGAUAGCGGCUCAUUUCUACGUUGAUCGAAAAUCAUUUGAUGAAUAAUUGA